GCAGGUGGGCGCCGGGCCCAGGCUGGGGCGCCGAAGCACGGCGGACCGAGACCCGCGCUCCGAGACGCCGCCGCACGGGUCGCGCGGGUGGCCCGGGAGGCCGGCGCCAUGACGCUGUUCCACUUCGGGAACUGCUUCGCCCUGGCCUACUUCCCCUACUUCAUCACCUACAAGUGCAGCGGCCUGUCUGAGUAUAACGCCUUCUGGAAAUGCGUCCAGGCCGGGGUCACCUACCUCUUCGUGCAGCUGUGCAAGAUGCUGUUCCUGGCCACUUUCUUUCCCACCUGGGAAGGCGGCAUCUAUGACUUUAUUGGGGAGUUCAUGAAGGCCAGCGUGGACGUGGCAGACCUCAUAGGCCUCAACAUUGUCAUGUCACGGAAUGCCGGCAAGGGAGAAUACAAAAUCAUGGUUGCUGCCCUGGGUUGGGCCACUGCUGAGCUCAUUAUGUCCCGCUGCAUCCCCCUCUGGGUUGGUGCCCGGGGUAUUGAGUUUGACUGGAAGUACAUCCAGAUGAGCAUUGACUCCAACAUCAGUCUGGUUCAUUACAUUGUGGCAUCUGCCCAGGUGUGGAUGAUCACCCGCUACGACCUGUACCACACUUUCCGGCCAGCUGUCCUCCUCCUCAUUGUCCUCAGUGUCUACAAGGCCUUUGUCAUGGAGACCAUUGUCCACCUCUGUUCCCUCGGCAGCUGGACGGCGCUGCUGGCCCGAGCAGUGGUGACAGGGCUACUAGCCCUUAGUACUCUUGCCCUGUACGUCGCUGUUGUCAAUGUACACUCCUAAACGUGAUCUCCCUCAUAGUCAUGUCCCUUCCUCUCCACCUCCAGGUUUCUGUGAAAUAAAUAGUAUUUGGAAUAUUGUGUC